AUGUACGAGGGUGUGGAGCGGAUUAUCCUUGACCAACUCAUUAAACAUCGCGAAAAAACAACGAGCGACGAGCAAGCUGGCUUUCAUCCUGGCCGAUCUGCGAUUGACCAGCCUACGGACUACGCCUACGCCCUGAUAAAUGCAAGCAGAUAUGGAUCUCUUCGAGACCUCGAACGGGAAUCAGGGUGGACGGACUCGACUCGACUAGAACUCGCUGAUGAGUUGUUACCUGGGCUGUACGCUCAAGAACAACGGAGAUGGACAGAUCCCCUUGUUCAAUGGGUUCUGAUGAGUUUGUCGGGUUCGAUCUGGAAGAAGCCACCUGGCCGAAAACGGAAGUUCUGGGCUGAAGUGAUGAAAGAGGACCUGAGGACACUCGGCGUGAAUAGGCAGUUCAGGCGAGACGUAAGGUUUCGCAGAAUAUGGGAUAGCGACGAAUGGAUUGAUUCUGUGCAAGCUGUCGCAGAAGAACGAGAAGACUCAGUAAGAACACAAAAACAGCAUACAUCCGCUCAAAUAAACAGAAGGAGAAGAAGCCACAACAGCUACGAAGUGCGAAAUUCAACAGAUUGGUUGGACAGAGAUCACGCGACAUCAACAACAACAACAACAUUAUCAACAACAUCAAUAGCAACUUCUGUUGCAAAACCACCAGAAGGCACAGGAUCAACCACAUCAACAAAUGCCGAUAACUCAACCACACCCAGCAGCUUUACAUUGAUGGAAACGACCAUCGUAAAUCCGACUACAUAUGCCCGAUCAAAAUCACCAAGAGCCGCAUCAACAGCCGCAAAUGAGUUGCUGUUCUUUCUGGGAAUAGUAGCUAUCUGCUUAGUCAUCAUAGUUCUUAUGAUUAUAUGGGUGGAAAUUAGGAAAGAUAAAUACGCUCAGAGAAGGAAAAAAUCUAAUGACAAAAUCGAACCACAUCAUUUUAAUGAUUACAGCGCGGACGAAGAAAGACGAGUUGAACAUUUCGACAAUAACGUUUUGCGUACUGCCGAACUCGUGUCACCAGUUCCUGUCGUUGACCCAGUCACUGCUGAUGCAAAUCGAAAGCGUGGCGAACAGGAGGCUCCUACCACUACAUCUCAACCCUCUACUGAAGUACCUCGUGAAGUUGAAACAACUUCUCUUGCUAAAAGAAAGAGUGAUAAACAGAAUGAAGGCCGGUUAGCUUCAUGUCAGCGUGAAUCACAUCAAGCUUAUGUUGUUUCGACAGUCCCCUUGGUACAUCUACGCCUAUUCCGAUCUUACAGAGUACGGAGUGUAGUUUUCACACGGGCUAAGAACGGCAAGGGCCAAAGACACAUUGCUCCGACACUUCAACAUAGCCAAUUCAAUAUGUUGAAGCCUCUGCAAGGUUUACCGCCUCACCGUAGUAGCGUGGAGGUGACUGAGCGAUGA